AUGGGUCCUCCCUCAUCCUCCCGGACGAUCAACUACCUCUCCUCCACCGCCACCAUUGCCGUGAUCCGCCAUGGGUGUGUGUUUGCACGUGGGUUUAUUGAUUUUCGUGAAGAAAUCAAAGCCCACACUCUGGCUGAGGAUGUUUGGAGGUUAUACUUCGAUGGUGCUGCAAAUCAGAAGGGGUUUGGAAUUAGUGUACUAUUAAUAGCACUCGACGGGUCUCACAUCCCACUCGCCUUCAGGCUAAAGUUUGAGGUUACCAAUAAUCAACCAGAAUAUAAGGCUUGCAUUGUGGGAAUGGAAGCAGCAAUUGAGAUCGACAUAGAGAAAUUGGAGGUGGUGGGAGAUUCCAACUUGGUAGUGUCGCAGGCCAACGGGGACUGGAAAUUCAAGGAGGAAAAACUGAAGCCAUUCUAUUAG